UUGUUGGGGUCAAACACACACGUACUUUACGUACUAAAACGAUGGAGGGUUCUGAAGAAGUUAUGUCGGCAGCAGUGGGUAAGACAAUACUACAGAAGCAUAUACAACCGCUUCUUGGCGUAGUCCUACUGUUAGGCUUCACUGUUGUUGCGGUUUGUAUGCCGAAAUAUAUAAAUGCUGUCAACGUUUCCGGAGACGUCUACGGCGGGCUGUUGUUUCUAAGUCUAGGCUGUCUUGUAGUCCUUUCUUUGGCAACAGUUCUCAACUGGUUGGUACAACACAAAACGUUGCGCUGCACGACAGGACAGGCACGCGCCGCUAUUAUUCCAGGGCUUUUACUGGCCGGUAGUGGCUUUUUGGUGCUGUUUUCACGCGACAGAUACAGAGUUCCUUGUCAUCUUCAAGAACCAAUCUGCGCACUCUUGUUUCCCGUGGCUCUGGUUGUUUCGUUCUUCUGUGGAGGAUCUGGUGGUUUUAGUUUACACAAAGUGGUCAGUUUUGUGGGUGUUUUAAGUGGACUGUUCCUCAGUAUUGUCUCCCAAAUACUGGACACGAGUUACUGUUACGGCUCUGUGACGAUUAGUUGGUUGAAAAACGACCUGAUGUGGGACACUAAUGUCCAGGCAUUGUGGACACUUGUUGGCUGUGGAGGUCUUGUGCUCUUUGUUGUCGGUCAGUGGAAAAGUAAGAACCUUCUAAGUGAACAGGAAGAACCGAAAGAGGAAAAGGACGUAACCAAACAAACUGAAAUUGCUGGAAAAUGCUGGUCGAAUGCUAUCACUCUAGCCACUGUUGUUCAGUUUUCGACCACAAUAGUAGUGGUGGCGCUUUUCUGGGUGGAUAUAUUUUGGCCAUUAGGCAAGGCGGGAUCAGCGGAAGAAAUGAUAAAACUUUUGAGAAACACUUUUCGUUGUCAUUUCUCCUCUGAGCAAGGCUGUGAAGAAGUAGCUUUGUUUGGAUGGGUCCUUCUUCUGCUGUAUUCUGUGUUUCUUCCGCUCUUGCUGGUGGCGCUCCAUAUUUUCCAAGAUCUUCCUCAACUGAUGGCUGUAGAGACUUUGGCUUUACCGCUUAGUAUUAUCUGGUGUGGUGCUGAGCAUAGUUUUAGAGUCGAGACGGGUUUUGCGCUGAUAGGUCUUUUACUGAUGAGCGUUUCUAUCCUGAUUUAUCGCCAGUUCAGUGAACCCAAAUCAACGGCCAAGUACGUCUGCCUUGAACAAAGUUAAUCGGUUAUUUUUGAGCCACAAUAUUUGUUAUUUUAAUAUGAAUGAAAGCUGAUCUGAAAAUUUUCUAUGACAUCUCAAAACUACCUACAAACACAAACUUAGAAAGUGUGAAUGUGUGAAACGGGUUGGAGUGAAAACAGUAAAAUAAUAUCUCUGUUCAAAUUUCAUAUCAAUACGUUUUUAUUUUUUUUGGAAACCUGGUUAAAUACAAGGAGAGAGUAGUGGAUUAUAACAAAUGUAAGAACAGCCUGAAAUAAACAAAUAACCAAAUAUUUAAUCAAACUACACAAAAAUUGUAAAUCAACGUUACACGACCAUUUACAAUAAGAAUAAUAAAGUCUGUAUUAAGGUGUGAUUUUUAUACACCAUUUCUUAAAUCUCUUUCUUCCUCAAUAAAACUUGAAACUGAUUACCUUCAAGCUAGCUCUAUUUCUCAGCUGUAAGGCCCUCAAGCUAGCCCUAUUCUCGACUGUAAGGCCUUCCAGCUAGCUCUACUUCUCAAGUGUAAAGCCUUCAGGCUAGCCCUAAUUCUCAGCUGUAAGGCCCUUAAACUAUUCCCAAUUAUCAGCUGGAAGGCCCUUAAACUAUCCCUAAUUAUCAGCUGUAAGGCCCUUAAGCUAUCCCAAUUAUCAGCUGUAAGGCCUUUCAGCUAGCCCUAAUUCUUAGUUGUAAAGCCUUCAAGCUAGACCUAAUUGUCAAUUGUAAGGCCUUCCAGCUAGCCCUAAUUCUCAGUUGUAAAGCCUUCGAGCUAGACCUAAUUGUCAACUGUGAGGCCUUACCAGCUAGCCCUAAUUCUCAGUUGUAAAGUCUUCAAGCUAGACCUAAUUGUCAACUGUGAGGCCUUCCAGCUAGCCCUAAUUUCCAGGUUUUGUAAACCUUUUGAUAUCAUAAUAUGAAAAAUGUUAAACUCGCAUGUAGCUGAAAAUUGCAAGUUCAGGUUUUAUCAGUCCUCAUUUACCCAUCCAGUCUACAAUAAGCAAUAGCAUGGGUCUAGGGUAAAAAGUUUGAUUAAUGUAACGUUUUCCUGUAUGCUUUUUCUUUUUUGGCAAGAAUAUCUCUUUUUAUAUGUUCAUUAUAAAAUAAUCUUAAUAGAAAUACAAGAAUAUUAAUACAUCCUCAGUAAUUAUUAUCAUUUCUUUAUAAAAAUAGAAAAGCAUAAAUAUCAGAUAUAAUAUCCAUUAUAAAUGUGCUAAAUCCUUUUAAUUUAAUAAUAUCAGUCCCCCAGUAUGUUAGCGGUAAGUUCGAUUCUCCACUAGUGCAGAUAGCCUAUUGUGUAGCUUUGCGCUAAAAACGAACAAACAGUGAUAUCAAAAUCACGUAGAAGGUGGAAAUAUAAAAACACCAAAACUGGAUCAAAAAAUCACGUAGAAGGUGGAAAUA